AUGUCCCAUCAAGAUCCCAGCGAGGCGCUUUCUUCGCAACGCUUCGCUGUCCUCGCCCCAGGUGUGAACUCGGCCUCCUCAGGCUCAUCGUUGCCAGCUCACCGGGCCGCUCCGCAGGUGGGCCCUCGCUCCACGCCGCCCUCUUCGGAGUCCCUGCCGCUGUCGAGGAGGAGUUCACGCGGGGUUCAAUUGGAUCCUUUGGAGACGACACCCAAGGUCCGUGCCACCUCUGAAGACUUCGACGUUGCAGGAAUUCGCGCGCCGAGCAUGGGCAGCGGCUUUCGGGGGGUGAGACGUUGA